CCAUGUUAUUGCUGUAGAGGUGGUUUUGUGAUCGAGUAACAAUUCAGUUUCUUGUAUAAAAAAAGUUAUCAACGCGUUUCAAAUGUAGUGAACAUAUUUACUUAAGUGGUAAUAUUAUUGUGAACAUGAGUUAAAACUGAGUUUUGUGAUAUUCUGCUUUGUUUGAAAGAUGCAUCUAUACUUUUUUGUUGAGACAGUUUUAAAAAUAAAUUCUGUUUCAUUUAGAUACCCUUUCGGAUUAUAAUUAAUCUCAAUCGAGAGUACACUUACGUUACUAUGUGUUAAUGUUUACUAUUUACUUUCUAAUUGAAUUGUUAAAAUGGAAAUUUUACUUAUUUUGUGUAUUAUUCCUAUUAGUUUGGCUUACGAUAAAGCAUCUUUCUUUGGUGCCAGUUAUAUUUCAUACCCACUACAAGAAGCUAAAGGGACAACAGAUAUAAGUUUUAGGUUUCGAACGCAUUUAUCAGAUGCCCUACUUCUUCUCGCCGCUGGAAAGACAGAUUAUUGCAUGAUUCGCCUUGAAAGUGGGAGAUUAAAGUUGCACAUAAAUUUGGGUGCUGGAGAAAGUGAACUAUCAUCUCCAAAGGGUUUACAUUUAAAUGAUAGCCAGUGGCAUCAUGUCAGCAUCAUAAGAAGGGAAGCCAAUCUCACUCUAAAGGUCGACGACAGUACAGUGAAGAAGAGAUUGCCAGGACGAUUCUUUGAACUAAAUAUACAUUUUGGUGUAUUUCUCGGUGGUCAAGGAGACUUCUCUGAGUUGUUCCUUGGUCACAUGGAGAAUUUUCGCGGUUGUAUGGAAGAUGUAUUUUAUAAUGGCGUGAAAAUAUUAGAAAAAGCGCGAAGCCGUAGUGCUUCAGUGCAGCUCGAAGGUGUGACGUGGAACUGUGCGCCAGAGUUUGACGCCGAUUUGAACUCUGAUAUAAGCUUCGUCGACGAAGGAGCAUAUAUGAUCCUUCCUAAAAUAAACUCUAGAGCGGGAGGCAGGUGGCAAAUCGAGUUCAAGACGAUUACGCCGAACGCUAUAAUCCUGUACAAUCCAGGCGGCGGCAGAGGAUCUGAUUUCUUGGCUGUAGAAAUCUUAGAGGGGAUCGUUCGCGUGAAAAUGUCGCGUGGACAAAUAGCGCACACUGUGAGGGUGAACGAUGGACAAUGGCAUAAGCUGCACCUCCUAUUCAACCCUUCCUUGAUCGAGUUGUCAGUGGAUAAUAUAGCGAUGAGUACUCGCAUAGAGAGUAGUGGCACGAGAUAUCUAGACCUGUCUGAUACUUUCUAUCUCGGUGGCAUAGAGAGCGAUAAGCGUCAAAGGGCUUUCGCUAAAGGAGUCAAAGCAGCUGAUUCUAGUAUUAUGGGCUGCAUAAAACCGAUAGAAGUGGAGGACAAAAUAUUCGGUUUGCCGAACGCGGUGGUGACGUGCGGUGUCACCCCUAAGUGCGUGUGGUGGUACCCGUGCCAUUCCAGCCCCAGCCCGCCUUGCUUGCCCAAAGCCAUUUGUGGCCAACACGGCGUCGACCAUUUCACCUGCAAAUGCGAUAGUGACCUGUGCAUCAACCCGGAUUACGCUGAGAAAUAUAAGGUGUUCUCAAAAUCGAGCAGUGAAUUGGAACUAGUGGCUUUAUACCCUUUGACGGUACAAGAGGGAGGUGUGGCGGUUAUAACAACCCAGAACAUUGACGUUAUCCUCGAUCACCACAAGUAUGGAGUCAGACCGUCUGGUGUUCUGCUCCACGUGGCUCAGAAACCGCAGCACGGAAGGAUCGCGGUCGAUCUGACGUCACAGAGGAACUCACCGCAGUACACCAAUUAUAUAGAUGGCGAUAAGUCCAGGCAGUUCUUUUCACUAUUGGAUCUGUCGAGGGAUAAGGUGCGCUACGUCCACGACGGUUCCGAGAAUCACCAAGAUGCUAUAGUACUGGAAAUGGAACUAAUACCGGAGACCAAGUUCACUUUACCGAGUUACCUUCAAGGAAGGAACACUUUCGUUCUACACGUGAACGUUACACCCGUCAACGAUCCUCCUGUACUUAAUCUUUUACCCGGAAAAGUGCUAAGGUUAACUCAGGGCACAAGGAAAGUGAUCACUUCGGAAAUAUUAAAAGCUGAAGAUCCGGACACAGCACCCGUAGAUUUAUUAUACACCAUUAUUCAUGGCAAGAAUGAAGCCAGCAGCGGUCAUAUCGAAAUGUCGGGCCAACCAGUGGAUUCGUUCACACAGCAGGACAUAGACUCUGGUGUUAUUUCAUUCGUACACGGAACAUCUAGUGACAAGCAACUGAAUAAAACUUCGCUAAGACUCACGCUACAAGUAUCAGAUGGCAUCGAAACGAGCGGGCCGGGUGUACUUCGUAUAUCGAUAGUGCCGUUGCAAGUGCGACUCGUUAACAACACGGGUCUACAAUUGGUGCACAAUUCCUAUGCGAUUAUCACGGCUGACAAUCUCACGUUCACGACCAACGCUGAUGAGACCAACGUACAAGUAAAGUACGAUAUAGUAAAACCACCGCAGUUUGGCGUAGUGGAACGGCUAAGGGUUCUAGAUGGAACUUGGCAGACUGUGGACUCGUUUACUAGUGAAAUGUUGGCGUUUGGUCGUGUCAGAUAUAUGCAUUUACUUGGGACUCCGACCCAUGACGAAUUCAAGUUUAAAGCUUCUGUUGGAACGAUCCGAACGAAUACAUUAUACGAUUUUCGAUUAACAUUUAUAAAGUUAGAGUUGUAUCAAACGAUCAAUGAAGAGUUACUUCUAAAUAAUACUCGAGAAGCGUUCAUAUCUUCGCAGCAUUUAAAGUUUCAGACAAGGCCUUUACAGUUAGCGGGCGAUAAAAUUACAUUUACGAUACUUAAAACACCAAAGUAUGGAAUAUUGCAUUUAUCUUCCGGAAAUCAUCAUUUGCAAGUAUACAGCUCAUUUACUCAAGAAAACAUUGAUACUGAUCAAUUGUGGUAUAGACUGCACAGAAGGGCCUAUUCUCAUAUUCAAGAUGAGUUCACAUUUAUGGUAGGGGCAGCCGAGUGUGAGAAUAUUACUGGGGUUAUGACAAUACGUCAUAUUCCCAGCCCUUCGCCCACUGACCAUAGUUCUAGUAGAUUCCAUACGACAUUAGAGAGACUGCAAGUUAUGGAAGGUGCUAGGAUGACGAUACCGGCCACACAUCUAAACUUCCGUACUGAUUCUGUGACUAACUUAGUGUUUAAUAUCACGCAUUUACCCAAACACGGGAAAAUUGAAGUGAUAGGUGACAAUCUGAAGAUACAGAGAGAUAAUACGACUUAUUUUACGCUGAAAGAGUUGAAUUCGGAUAGAGUUUAUUAUGCUCACGAUGAUUCCGAAAGUAGACACGAUUCCUUCCAUUUUAUGGCUCUAAGUCCUGAACCAGAGGACUUCCAAUAUGUCGGCGUGUUUCACAUUGACAUUAUACUAAAGAAUGACAAUAGCCCAACAAGAACGAGUGAGAGCGUCUUCCAUAUAGUGCAUGGAGGAGCGAGACUAAUUACAGCUAGAGAUUUGAGCUACACAGACUUAGAUCUAGAUACCAAACCUUCGGAUAUAACUUACACUGUCCAAAGAUUCACCAAAGACCCGCCUAACGGAGGCAUAUUCAGAGCCGAUAAUCCUUCUGAACAGAUUGCGCAGUUCACCCAGGACGAUAUUAAUAAGAAUCUUGUGUUGUUCAAACAUCAAGGAAAAGAGAAUGGGAAGUUAUCGUUUUGGGUAUCUGAUGGUUUAUUUGAUGUGAACGGUAAUUUGGAAGUGCAGGCAUCUCCUCCGUUUAUUAGAAUGUUCCCAUCAAACGGUUCUAUUGUUGAAAAUGGUAAAGCAGUUGUAAUUACCACUAGGGAUAUGCAAGUGGACACAAACAUGAAUUGCUUAGAAGAGGAUAUUCGUUACGAAAUAAUUCAACAGCCAAAACACGGUUCUAUCGAGGUUGGGGAAGGUCAAGGUGUGAUCACAUUCACGCAAUUAGAUGUAGCAGCGGGAAGAGUGUCAUAUAGACACAGGGAACCGAAGAUGCUUACUGAUGCUUUUAGGUUCAAAGUAAUGUGCCUAGAAGCGUGGGGCGAAGGAAUAUAUCCUAUUCGAAUAUAUCCGUCCAGUUUUUGGGAACCUUUAGUAGUAACGACUAAUAAAGCACUUAUUGUUGAAGAAUCUACUAGUGUCAAUAUAACUAAGGAAAUAUUAGAGGUAAUGCAUCCACAAAUAGAACCUUCAAAUAUUGUAUACAAAGUCGUGGAAGGUCCUUACUAUGGUUGGCUCGAAAUCUCGACCAAUUUAGGCUCAUUGGAACUAGAGAACUAUAACGAAGAGCCAGUGCAUACUAGAAUGUUCGAUCAGUCGAUUAUAAACGCAAAUCGGCUGGUUUACGUCCAAUCCGGAGUUAACAGAACAAGAGACAAGAUAAAAAUGGAUGUCACCAACGGAAUAGUUUGGCUCAGGUCUUUGGAACUUAUGGUCGUUAUAAUACCUGAGCAUUUUUACAUUCAAGCCUCAAAUAUAACAGCCGUUGAAGGAGAUGCCGUGAGUAUCAAACAGGAUAUGUUCAAGACGGUCACAGAGUAUUAUAGAGGAAAGGUAGUGUCGUACAAAGUUGUGGAAAAGCCGAAGUUUGGAAAAAUAUCAUUGGGUGAUCAAGAGUUAGGAUUGCUGCCGGUUUUGAAGCUCAAUACUGGGAAUAUUCAGUACGUCAACGACGGUUCGGAAGAGUCGUUAGAUUCUCUAAAACUCGUGGCCAUAACAGAGAACGGUAAAGAGAGUGAACCGUUCCUUGUGAUCAUCAAUAUCGUGCCAGUGAACGAUGAGACGCCCAUAGUAGCUGCUAAUACGGGAUUGUGCGUGUGGGAGGGGGGCACUUUUACGUUCACUAGGAAUGAACUAUAUGUGAAUGACAUAGACACGCCAUUAGAAAACGUAACCAUACGUGUUGUGGAUAUUGUUUCUGGAUAUAUUGCAAUGCGAGGGGAUCUCGAAACUCCUGUGUAUCACUUCAGUCAAGCUGAUAUCGACAAACGAAGAGUGAUCUUUGUUCAUACAAAUGGUACGAAGGGAAAAAUGAUAUUCAAUGUGACGGAUGGACUUCACGAACUCUCUAAGAUCACAUUUUUAAUAACAACCAAAUCCGUAUCUCUGAAACUUGCUCGAAAGCACACAUUGCGCGUAUUUCCCUUGAUGAGGGAACCGCUAAAUAAUUACCAUUUGAUGGCGAAAUGCUCGGAUGCGACGCGAAAUAUUAUAUACAAAAUAGAAAGAGCACCAACUCUCGGUAGACUUAUCAUGUUAAAUGGUGACAAUCAUCACAGGUCUAUAAAGCAGUUCACUCAACAAGAUAUAAAUAACACUGUAGUGUACUAUGAACACACACAUCCUUUCUCCGAUCUAUAUACGAACGAUUCAUUCAUCUUUUCCGUCGAAUCUGCGUUGGCCAAACCAGUAACUGAUCAAGUCUUUAACAUCGACAUAUCUGUUUCGUCCGGUGGUCUGGCCAAGUACGUAAAUAUUCCGCAGAUAAAAUGCCAGGAAGGUGGAAACACAGCUAUAGUCGUUAAUGUUACGAAUGUCAUAGUUUAUUUAGAAACUCAAGCGGGAUUAAGACAGCCUCAAGUAGAAGCGCAAUGGUCGCAACCCACUUAUGGGGAGUUGGAACCUUCUCUGUCUUCUCUUACUCAGCAACAGCUAGAAAGUGGUGUCGUUACUUACAAACAUGACGACUCUGAUACUUUGCAAGAUAAAAUCGACAUGGCUCUAUAUUUAUUACCGGAUUAUAUGCUCCUCUGUAAUGUCACCAUUAAUAUACAAAUUUUGCCAGUCAAUGACCAGCCUUUCCGACUUUUGAGUGACUCGCCGCAAAUACAAGUGGUGCAUGGCGAAAAUUAUACAAUCACCAAAAAUGAUUUGCUUACUGAAGACGCUGAUACUAAGCCGUCUGAAAUUUUAUACGAUAUUAUAAGCGGCCCCACACAAGGCAGAAUUGUCAUGUUAGACAAGAAUCAAACUAUUGAUGAAGCGCAAUCUAUUAAUAAAUUCACUCAAGAAGAUAUAAAUAACGGCAAGAUUAUAUAUGAACAUUCUGGAAUGUUGCAAACUGCUACAUUCUAUUUUAGAGUAUGGGAUGGUCAAUUUAAACCUACUUAUACUGUUUUCACGAUAGACGUAAUUCCUGUAAUAUUAAACGCGACAUCAUCGCAUCCUAUAUAUUUGCAACAAGGUUCUAAUGUUGCUACCGUUACGACUGAUCAAAUAUACAUUGAGACGAAUGCAAAACAAUCUAAAGUAUGGUACAACAUCACGAGACAACCUUUGCAUGGCAUGAUUUACGUCGGUCGUAAUCCGGUAACAUAUUUUUCACAAAAAGAUUUGAUGGACAAAGUUGUUAUUUACAUGCAAAAUGACAUGACCGUAGCUAACGAUAGUUUUGAAUUGAUAGCUUACGUUCAUAAUAGCAAUGCAACACCACCAUUUAGCAUAGAAGUGACAGUUCAGCCUUUGAUGAUACUAACAGACCUUAAAGUAGACAAAGAUAAGACCAAACUCACUAUCCAUAAUUUGGAUGCAACUGAACUCGCUAAGUUAACAGCUAGUGAUCCAGUGUAUACUUUGAUAAGGAAGCCCAAGUAUGGUGUGCUGAAAAAGAUAAUUCGCAGUUCUGGUGAGAAAACCAGUGCAAGGGUACGCGAGGUGGCUUACUUCACACAUGAAGAUGUGAAGGCUGGAGUAAUUUAUUAUGUAACUAAGAAAAAAGCAUAUGAACUUAAUGGCCUUGAGGAUGGCUUUAGUUUUCUGCUUGCGGCCACAAUAUUCCAACCAGCCGCUGGUGAUGUCAGAAUAAUCAUUGGUAAUGGGUUGAAAAAGAAUUUGCCCGGACCUAAUGAUCCUGAAAGCCACGAAGGUGUUCCGGUGGCAAAUGGCAAUAACGGGCCGUACUACAUGAUGAUUUUGAUGGCGCUCUUAGGAGUGGUCCUGGCAAUCAUUGUCAUUAUUGGUAUAUUGAAAUGUCGUCGAUAUCUGAUGAGAGAUCAGAAUGCCAUGGUCAAGAUACAUGGACAGAAUCAAGGGACAGUCGCUCCUAUACCUUUACCGCGACCACCAGACCAUUUGAUGCCAUCACCAACACAAGCUACGCCUUCUAUUAAAAGAUACGUAUCAUCCGAGCAAUCGGUGACGGGCACGAGCACGCCCUUGCCGUCCGGGGGCAGCGUUGCGUGCAAGGUGACGCCGCUCGCUGACGCAGUACUACCUGACCUGAACGCAAGAUACCCGUACGGCACGGACGACCAUACUGAUGCGGAAGACUGGAGCAGCUACGAGGCUAGCGAGUCGGCGUACCCGAUCCGCACGCCCGGCGUCGCGCCCUCCAACCCGAUGUUACGUCGCAACCAGUACUGGGUCUGACCCCGGAACACCCACUCGUUGCCGAGACCAGUGACUCAAGCAUUUGAAAUGGAGGAGGAGGAAGAGUUUGAAUGCGUGACACUGAACCGCAAGACGCAGUCUCGGCGCGGCAUAGAAUUAGUUCCUACGCCUUUUCUACUCAGCAACUACAAGGUGGACAAGUAUCCGAGCUGUGAAAUUACUCUCUGAACGGAAUCCUUUUAGAUCGUAAGAUAUACAUAAUAUAGUUAAUAGGCCCUCUUCACAAUGGGCAACUUUGGGCGAGUAUAGGCAAUCAAGAUAGAGGGCCUAGAUGUUGAUGUUUAUUCAUAAUCACCGUAAUGGCGGCAAAUAUGGACGAUCGUUUGUUGGGCCAACGCUCUCAAUUGUGAAGAGGGCCCAUAACGUUCACUCGUCUAUCGAGCGAACCAUAGAGAAUAAUCAAUGAAUGGAACCAAAGUAUCGUUCUGUGCCAAAUACAACAUAUUUUGUUAUUUUUUGAAUAAACACGGUAGAUGUUUUCGGUAUGGUUGUUGUGUUUUACGAGGACAUGACUUAGUUGCCUUUAUUUAUAUGCAUAGAUUAUAACAGUAUUAGUUUUGGACGUAUAGUGGAUGUUGUUUUUGGUUGGCGCGUCACGCUAGCGGCAUUUACAUUACCAUACUGUAAAUUGAAUGUAAUUAAUGUAUACAGAAAGUAGACAGUUAAUUUAUCUUUGUAUUUUCAGUACUAACAUGAUUUUUAAAUUGUUUCUACUAAUAAUUUAAAUGUCAUUUUUGGAUCUGGGAUCUGCAUUUAACAUCAUCUUUUUUAAUAAUAAUUAAAUUAUUAUAACAUGUAUUCUGAUUUGCCCAUAAAAUAACAACAUAGAAUACAGUGCCAACCGAAAAAUGUAUUACAUUUCAGCCAAAGUACGUUGCCAAAUAUAUAUAUAUAUAUAUAUAUAAAGAGUGUUAAUAUUACACAGAUGAAAUAAAUCAUUUUAUUGUUUUAUAUAUUAUGUUUAUUUAGUUAAUAUAGAUCGAAAUUAUUAUAUCGGCUACUAAAGACUUAUAGUGUAGAUAAACACUAAUUGUAUUAAUUAUUAUACACAGGCUACUUAAUUUUAAGCGCAGGAAAUAGCUGUAGUGUUAUUUAAUUAGAGAAUUUUAUUACAUAAUAAUAUGUAUUUUGAGUAAAUAUGAGAGUUAUAUUUGAAGGGAUACUGAAUUUUAUCAAUGUUCCACGUCAAAUAUUAUUUAACUUUUUACUUAGCCAUUCCCAAUCUGAUUCAGCAGAAAAUGUGUUUGUUAAUCAAUCAUACUUUUGUAAGAAAACUAGCUUUUCGCCCGCGUUUUCAAAGGAAAACCCGCAUAGUUCCCGUUCCCGUGGGAUUUCCGGGAAAAAUCCUAUGUGUUAAUCCAAGUUACCCUCUAUAUGUGUGCUAAAUUUCAUUAUAAUCGGUUCAGUAGUUUAUGCGUGAAAACCAUACAUACAAACCUUUCCUCUUUAUAAGAUUACUAUAAUUUUUAUACAGGUUCUUAAAAAUCGGUCUACUAUUACCACAACUUUUACUCAUUAUGAUUGAAUAACAAAUUCAUUACAGGAAUAUUUAUAUACGUUACUCAUAUAAUAGUACUUACAUUUUAAUGUAGAAAAUAUCAAAUUUUAUUCUACAAUGUAUCAAUAUUAUUUAUACAAAAUUAGUUAGAUUAAUAUAAUUUUAUGUACUUACAGUAUCUUAGUACUUAUUACAAAUAUUAUUUACAAAUUACACACAAAACGUAACUAGUAACCCAUAUUGUUAAUUUUAAUUAUAUUUUGAAGUAGUUAUAUAAAUAUUGUUAGUUGAUUAGUUUUUUACUAAUUUUGUAAAACCAAGAACUUGGAUAGACAUUUAUAGAUAAAGUUUUUAGACUUUCGUCGUGUAACAUAUGAAUUUAUCCAAAUAGUUUUAAAGACACCAGAUCCAUUACCAGUUUUAUAAGUAAAUAAUUAUUGUUAAAUGUAAUGUUAAAUAUUAGUAUCUGCAGAAGUACAAAAUUGAUUUAAACUUUUGCGUCCUAAAAUUAAUUAUUGUUAUUCUUAAUAAUUGUAUUUCAUUAAAUAAUAACUAUUAAUAAUACUAAUAAAUCAAAUUUUAAACUGUUUUUAAAAAUUCAAGUGUCAACGGAUUUUAGUGGUGGUAUAUAGACUAAAUAAUCGACUGAUUUACUUUCCAAACCUUCAUGAAAUUGUGUAAAAAUAUUAUCAAUGAAACAUACUGUUUGAACUAUUCUGUAUUUAAUAAAAUUCCAAGUUCAGAUUUAAGAAGCGUAAACUGAAGCUCCGAUUUGUAUGUUCCUAAAAUUUUACAUUCACUGAAAGCGCCUAAAUAAAUAAUAAUAAUAUUUUCAAUUCCAAAUAUAUACCAAAAUUGAAUAUUUAAAGUUGUGUUCCUCAUUUCUAAAGUACACUUGUUAAUUAAAUCAAGUUUAGUGGUUUUUAUGUAAUAUGAAGAUGGAAUAUCGAUAUAUUUCAUUUUAAUUGUUAGAUAUUUUAGGCUGAUUGCAGAGCUUGACCGACCAUCAUUGCGUACGUCA